AUCCACGAUGCUCUCUGACAAUGACUUCGGUGUCCUCAAACUCUGUCUCGCAUGGGCUAGCGUGGUUUGGUGGGGCUUCAUAGUCCUCUUAGGUGCUCUCGGUUGUAUCACUGCGCGAAAACGAUACAGAAAGCGAGCGCAGUUGCCUCGGGCAUCAUCUCCAGCUUCCUCUGUACCAGGUGUAUCAAUAUUGCGGCCAUUGAAGGGAUUGGACACGAAUUUGUACGAGAACCUUGAGUCAACAUUUACGCAGGAAUAUCCAAACUACGAGAUAUUCCUGUGCGUAGCAGACGAAAACGAUCAGGCACUGCCCGUAGUCAACGAUCUCAUUGCAAAAUAUCCCGAUGUUAACGCACAUGUAAUGAUAGGGGACGAGGCGGUGGGUGUCAACCCGAAAAUCAACAACCUCAUCCGCUCUUAUCGUCAAGCAGCGCACGACAUUGUAUGGGUGCUGGAUUCCAAUGUUAUGGUCGCUCCCGGCACUCUAGCAAAUUCUGUCAAUGCCCUCGAUGGUCCAGCAGACAUCCCGUCGCGUUCAUCUCGCCGUCGAAUUGCGCUCGUUCACCACGUCCCACUGGCUUGGUCGAGCGAGUAUUCGCUCGGAUCUCGCAUCGAAGAAGCAUUUCUAAACACCAAUCAUGCUAAAAUGUACCUUGCUAUCAACACUGUCGCCGUGGACUCGUGUGUUGUGGGCAAGUCAAACCUCUACCGACGCUCGGACCUGGAGAGAGUGGACGGCUCAUUGAAACCGAUCGCGGAUUCCACCGAGGGUGGCGUUCAGCAAGGAGAGAGAGGCCUAGUUGCAUUUGGACGCUUCCUUGCGGAAGACAAUAUGAUCGCUAGCGCCCUCUGGCACGAGCUCGGUCUACGCCAUGACCUGUCAUGCGAUGUCGCCCGAAAUGCUGUGGGAAGCAUGACCCUUGCGGACUACGUCUGGCGGCGGGUUCGGUGGGUCCGCGUGCGCAAGCGAAUGGUGUUCGCCGCGACUAUGCUUGAACCAUUCACCGAGUCUGUCGUCGCUGGGAUCCUCGCGUCCACUGGUUUGCGAUACAUUCUCGACACUCCACGCUGGCUUUUCCUCACGGUUCACUUUUUAUUUUGGGUUUCCGUGGAUAUGGACGUCGCCGCGUCUCUAGCAGGUCGCACCGUCGUGUCGGGACCUUUCCUCGCUGCUUGGGUAGUAAGAGAGAUCCUUGCGUUGCCUAUCUGGCUCCUAGCAAUUGUUGGAAAUCAGGUGGAGUGGAGAGGAAAGCGGUACGAAGUUAUGCAGAGUGGCGAGGUCCGGCGCGUUACACAGGGUGGCGGAUGGGCGGAAUACUUGUUUGGUUGGAAAUCCAAGACCACCAGUAAUUACGAACUAUUGUCAACGACCGAUGAAUGACCACAUGUCGGCCACGUCAA